UCCUCCCUCGUAAAAUCCACACAGCAACAAGUUUUUAUAUGCACUAUACACACAUUUCCCAUUCAUAAGAAGUUCUUGAAAUCCAAUUUCAUGGCAAGUUCUGUUCUCAUAUCCUCAAUCAUCUUAGCUCUACUCAUGAUAAUGGGUACUGUUUCCCCUCAAGUUGAGGCAAGAGCCUUCUUUGUGUUUGGAGAUUCACUAGUUGACCAUGGCAAUAACAAUUACUUAGCCACUACUGCACGGGCAGACUCUCCGCCUUAUGGCAUUGAUUUUCCUACUCAUCGACCCACUGGCCGGUUCUCUAAUGGCCUUAACAUCCCUGAUCUUAUCAGUCAAGAACUUGGCUCGGACUUAAUAUUGCCAUACUUGAGUCCACAGCUCACUGGACGGAAGCUACUUGUUGGUGCCAAUUUUGCUUCUGCUGGAAUUGGAAUUCUCAAUGAUACUGGAAUUCAAUUUGUAAAUAUACUUAGACUGUAUCAACAGUUUGCGUACUUCCAAGAAUACCAGCAGCGAGUGGCUGCUCUCAUUGGAGCUGAACAGACCAAGAAACUUGUUAAUGAGGCUCUUGUGCUUAUCACAGCUGGUGGGAAUGAUUUUGUUAACAACUAUUACUUGGUGCCUAACUCCGUAAGGUCUCAGCAGUUUUCACUACCAGAUUAUGUGAAAUUUCUCAUCCCUGAGUAUAGAAAACAUCUUGAGAGACUAUAUGAUCUUGGAGCACGAAGAGUUCUAGUAACAGGCUCAGGUCCAUUGGGUUGUGUCCCUGCAGAAUUGGCUUUGAGGGGCAGAAAUGGGCAAUGCUCAACUGAAUUGCAACAGGCUGCAGCCUUAUACAAUCCUCAACUCACUGAAAUGAUCAAAGAACUCAACGCCCAAUAUGGUUCAGACAUCUUUAUUGCUGCAAAUACACGCGAAAUGAGUACUAACUUCAUCAGUAAUCCUGAAGCAUUUGGAUUUACUACAUCAAAGAUGGCUUGUUGUGGGCAAGGACCCUAUAAUGGUAUAGGUCUAUGCACACCCUCAUCAAACUUGUGCUCUAACAGGGAUGAAUAUGCGUUUUGGGAUCCAUUCCAUCCAUCAGAGAGGGCAAACAGAUAUCUUGUUCAACAGAUGAUGAAUGGCUCAACUGAAUAUAUGAACCCCAUGAAUCUUAGCACCAUCUUGGCCAUGGACUCUAGGACCUAAUUAAUCAUUUGCAUAUUCUCUUGAAGAUUUUAUUCCACUUCUGCUUAAUAAAUUGCUCAUAUAUUUAUGUUGCAAUGGAUUUUCUAGCGGAAUUGAAUUGUUGAAAUGCGUCA